AUGUCGGACGAGGAACACCACUUCGAGUCAAAGGCUGAUGCUGGAGCAUCAAAAACAUUUCCCCAACAAGCUGGAACCAUCCGCAAAAACGGUUACAUUGUCAUCAAAAACAGGCCAUGCAAGGUUGUGGAGGUUUCAACUUCCAAAACUGGCAAGCAUGGACACGCAAAGUGUCACUUUGUUGGAAUUGACAUCUUCACUGGGAAAAAGCUUGAGGAUAUUGUGCCAUCUUCCCAUAACUGUGAUGUUCCUCAUGUCAAUCGUACUGACUACCAGCUCAUCGAUAUCUCAGAGGAUGGAUUCGUGAGUUUGCUGACUGAGACUGGUGGUACUAAGGAUGAUCUUAGACUUCCAACCGAUGAAAAUCUGCUUUCGCAGAUCAAGGAUGGAUUUGCUGAGGGCAAAGAUCUGGUUGUGUCUGUUAUGUCUUCUAUGGGAGAGGAGCAGAUUUGUGCCCUUAAGGACAUUGGUCCCAAGUAA